UGACAACAGCAUGAUCCUUACUACAAAUUGACCAAUCACUGUCUAUCUUAUGUAAUGUGUAGGUGCUGUAGUGCAGUGUUACAUACAUGGAUACAUAAAACUGAACUUAUUAUGUAUCAAAAGUAGACUUUCCAAUGAACAACUGGAAUUUAGCCCAAUCUUAAGUAAACUAAAAGUGUAGUUUUCUUUACAAAUAUUCUAAUUAUUUAAAUCUGUUUUGGUGGCAGUGGUUUAUGGAGUGCAUUACUAACUGUGGGUGGACAGCCAGAAAGGUUCAUUGUGGUAAGUAUAUGGGACUGAAAUGGUGUGAGCUUGAAGAAUUCCGGCGUGCAGAGCGUUGCGGAGAAUCGCCAACUAAUCGACUGCUCCAAGUAUGGGGUCAACAAAACCACACAGUAACUGAACUCUUUUGGUUACUAUGGAAAAUGGAUCAUUUUCAGGCAAUGAGAGCUCUGAAGUCUUGUGUACCAGAGAAGUACCAUACACUGUUCACUAAUGCAGAGCGACGGACCACAGAAAUUAUUAACAAACCACAACUAGUUGGGGGUAUAGUAAGGAGAGAGACUCAAGAACCAAAAAGAACUCUCAGACUUUCUUCUGAAAAUGCACAAAGCCCUGCAAUACAGACUUCACCAGGUUUCACCGAAAACAGCUCUACACUAGGUGCUGCAUCCCUACCCUCUCGAGCUGACUUUAUACUGGAAGCAGCAGCCAGAUCCAUUCAGAGUCAUUCAGAGCAACAAACAUCAAAUCCUCCUAUAUCAAGACUACAGCCUCAAUCUCCGAGGGAAGACAGUGAUGGAAGAACUGAGGGUGCCUGUGCUCUCGUUGCUCCUGCACACAACUAUAAGUCUCACAAUUUCAACCGUGGUGAAAGUCAUUCCAACUCCUACGUAACAUCUCCAAAGAUUCCUGUAACCUUCCUGUACCCAACAGCUACAACACACACCACUUCAAAUACAAGACCUCCAUUGGCUGAAAUUAUGCAGCCUAGAAUAGAAAAUAACAAUUCCAGGGAAAUGGAUUCAUUUAGAAAGAUCAACAACAAUGAAAUGUAUGGAACAUGUGGAGUACCAUCUUGUGAGGAUAAUAAUAUAGAGGAGUUACAAACAAGACCCAAAGCUCAAUAUGAUCCUCAGAAAGAUUAUUUGGAGAAGUUGGAGGAAAAGAGAGCAAAAGAGGCAGCACGAGAAUCAAGAGGCAAAGAAGCAAUUAAACACACUAAUUCCUCUGGAGGAGCAUCACUAGCUGUCUCAGACCAUCCCAAGACGGUUCCGCCACUCACAAAUCUUCAAGGGACUCCUGUGGAAUACCCAGGGGGAGAGCGACAUCGUCGAAUCUCCAGUGCCUCAGACACUUCAAGCCAUAGUACCAGUGUACCAGUAAUCCCAUAUAAAGAACUAGAGGAAGCUACAGCACUUUGGAGUCGAGAUCAUCUCUUAGGCCGAGGAGGCUUUGGUUGUGUGUUUAAAGGUACUUGGAAAAAUACAGAAGUUGCCGUUAAGAGAAUUGAACCUCAUGGUAAUGCUUCACUCGAUAACACUCGGCUGCACAUUAGUCAAAGUCUCGAGGAACUGAAGCUGCUACAGUCCUACCGCCAUGACAACAUUCUCCAGGUUUAUGGUUACUCAACAGAUCAUGAAUUGUCACCAUGUCUAGUGUACCAGUUUAUGCCUAAUGGAUCUGUUGAGGAUAGACUUCAGUGCAGGAAAAUUGAAGCUUUUGGUGAAGGUUCACCAUUAGGUGCUACUACUCCACUCACCUGGUGGCAGCGCUUCAGGAUAGCCUGGGGCACGGCAAGAGCUCUACAAUUUUUGCAUACUGUCAAGGAAAAACCACUCAUCCAUGGGGAUGUAAAAAGUGCCAACAUAUUACUGGACCAAAACUAUGAACCCAAAUUAGGUGAUUUUGGCUUAGCAAGAGAAGGAAAGAGCCAGUCAACUAGUAUGAAGGUGUCAAGAGUACAUGGUACCAAGCCUUACCUUCCAGCUGAUUACCUAAGGUCCAAAAAGCUGUCGGUAAAAGUGGAUACGUAUAGUUAUGGGGUUGUUCUCUUUGAACUGUGCACGGGACUUAGAGCAUAUGAUGAGAAGAGGAAGGAAGGAGGAAAAUUUUUGAAAGAUCUCGUAGACGACACUACCGAUGAGGAGUUACUCAGAGACAGAAAUGCUGGAAUCGGUCAUGAUGGUGAAGUGUUUACAUUCCUUUAUAAACUUGGAAAAGAUUGUGUACAGCAAACGGCAGGAAAGCGUCCAGACAUGACCACGGUCUUCAAGGAACUGGAGAGUUACGGUCUGGUCCUGGAUGAGAGGGCCCGAGCAAGAAGAAUUUCCCAAGGUGAAACGAGCUCAAUAUCGCCAUCGCCUCGUUUGCUCCAAAUGCAUUAUGACACUGCUGGAUCUCUUCAGUCACCUUCACCAUCCACCCAGCCAUCUCUUCCUCACUUCUUUAAUCCUUCUCCAUCUCCAUCAGCUGCUUCUAUGCUUCCUCCUUAUUCUCCGCCAUCUUCAAUUCCACCACGUUCACCUGUUCCACCAGGGUUAUCUCCAAAUGUACAUUUACCCCCAUAUUAUCCUGCAUGCCAAGGAGUGCAUGCAGAUGUUCCAAGAUUGGUUGCCAAUGGGCCAGUUGCAUAUCGUCCACGAAUAUUACCGUAUGGCGGAGCAGCUGCGUGGAAGCAGGGAACUGGGGGUAACAUAGUUUAUGGAAUGGAUCAUCUUCAACCUAGUGGUUCACCGUUUCAUAUGCCUCAUAUAAAUGUCGGUCCAGUCAUGGCUAAUGGUGUUGAGAGCAGAGACCCACCCAGCUACAGCGAAGCCACAUGCCGGCCUCCUCAUAAUGGUGCUGUAGGAGUAGCUGGAUGUGCUCCUCCAAUGAUACCACAGUUCUCACGGCUCGGUGUCAAUGAUGACCAUAACAGCCGAAAUAGUACUGAAUCUUGUCACACUGAUAGUGAUUAUGGUUGUUCUGAAUCAAGCUCAGUUGCAAACACUACUCAGAAUGUUGGAAUGGCAAAUGGUUCACGCAUUUUUCGCCAAGGGGCAGUGGUAGACACAAGAUUACCAACAGUCAUUCCAACAGUUAUUCCUCAGCAUGAGAGUAACUCGUCAAGGGAUAAUCCUGCUGCACCCUUUCCUUUAUUGACAGAACUAGGCAUGUCUAACCACACAGAAAUGCCUACUGCUGCAAAGAAGGAAUAUAAAUUAUUUGGCUGAAUUUUGUUAUCAACACAGCUUCCUAAAUUAUAUAAUUAUUAAAAAUUUAAAAAACAUUUAUCUGAUGUGUAUAUACAGUAUCAGAAAGGCUAAAUUUUACUUUGUGGCCUGAAAGAGUGACCUGAAUUUCAGGAUGACUGGAAAUUUUGCUUACUCAAUAUCCCUUUGUUGAAUGCCAGCAUUGGCACUGUUCUCCCAUACUAUGUUGAAAGUGGAGAUAGAGACCUCGAAGACUGCCAUGAGGAUACUGUAUUAAAUAUAUCCUCCAGACCCAGGGCUCUUCUGUCCUCCAGAUUGACUCCUUCACUUGUCUCUCUUAUGGUCAUCAACCCCAUUGUAUUGUUAAGAUCACUUUUGUUGGUAGGACCCUUCCAUCAUUCUUGCUAGUGCCAGAUGCUCCAUUCAGGAGCACAUCCCCCUCUCUAUGCCUGCAAUAGGUGUUGGAAAUUUGGUCAUGGUUCUGAGUGCAACAAUAAGAUGUCCCUUGGCUCUUGUGUUCAAUAGUAUUCUUGGUGACUCGGAUACUUUUGAUAUCGUUCACCUUAUGCGUUUCUGUUCUCGUAUUGGCAUCCUUGGUGAUAUUUAGCGCCCUCUGAUUAUCCUACACAUUUGAUGGUAUAUAGCCUUCCCGGUUUGGUGCCUUUUGAUAAUUACUUACUUGGCCCUUGUGUGGUGACCCUAGACAUUCUUGUACUGAUUGCUCUUCUUCCCAAGCUCGUUGCAUCAACUGCUGUGAGGUCCACCCUUCCUUUUCUUGUACAUGCAUCCUUUAUAAAUUUGAACAAGCCAUCCUCACUUUGAAGGAUCUUGAUCGUAUUUCUUUCCCCAAGGCUUGGUGUCAGGUCUGCCAUCUUGACGUUUUCUCUACCAUUACUUAUGCUCAUGUGUUGGAUCACAUUUACUCUUCCCCACCCUUCUUCCCUUCCUUCAUUCUCAAGUCAUUUCCAAAACUUAAACCUCCUUACACCUCGAGCUUCCCUUCUCCUCAGACUGUAGCCACAAGUGUUUCUCUUAAAUCUCUUGUCUAUCAUUUCCAACCUUCCUUUCCACUUGUCUCCUACCUCCCAGGUUAGCUCCAUUUCUCUAUUUGAGCCUACUCUUCCUUCCUCUGUGCCGUUUAUCACUUUUCGACCCCAUCUUUCUUCUCAGUCUUCCCCUCAGCUGUCCAUCCAGGCCACUAUCCUUCCUGUCACCUUUGUGUUGUCUGCUCUUGUUCUCCCUCUCCGACUGAGACUGUGAAUGCCUUUGCACAGUACAUCGCUACGGGUACACCCGUGUCUCAGAAUCAGAAAUGGAAACCUGGUUCCUCUUCCCCUCUUCCUCCCCAGCAGGUAAGAAGGCUUAUGUUUGUCCCCCAUUUCGUCUUCCAUCUUGGUUCAUGCCUCUCCUCCCGUCUCAGCCAGAGUCGGCUGAUCUAGCUAUGAAAGCUGCCGUAGCCCUCUGGUACUGUCCCUGAUGCAGUGCUCACUGCAGUUUGUCAUUGCCUGACCUCCCUCAACUACCCCUACCCAGACCUCACCAGCUCACCUCUACUCCUUCCUACUGCCUUCCCAACUCCUCCAUCUCUGCCUUCCCCCCACUACUGAUCCUCCCUAGUCUCCUGGGUCAUUUGCCUUAGUUGUUUUUCUUGAGCUCUAUUCUUUACUAUGUCUAUUCUUCAAUGGCAUAUUCCUAACCUUCAACUUCUGUUAACUCAAUUUUCACCGUUAUUUGUCCGUCGCUAGGAGCCAAUGCUUGGCGAGUGUUCUGGUCACUUCUAUGGUUAUGCCUUUCUUUCCUCUCCCCAUCCCCCAGCUUAUACUGGGACUCCUAACUCAACUGCUUCCUUUAUCUCUCUCCUUUUUCAGUCGAACGUUCAUUCCUAUGCCACUCGUAUCUUUAUAGGUCAGUGAUACAGUGUGUGUUCCAUUUAUAUUCCCCUGCAUGUUCCUCCUCCUCUUCGAGAUCUUAGCUGCCUCUUGGACUCAUUACUGGAGCCUGUGCUCCUUUUGAGUGAUUUUAACUGUUGGGAUGCCCUCUGGAACGAUGCUCUGAUGAAUACCCAAAGCCGUCUUUUGGAAUCUAUCUAUCUAUCUUCUCUUCUCCAAUGUGUCUCCUGAAUUCUGGCGAGCUGACUUGUGUUAACUCUCACAUUUGAACCCUGCCUGUAUUGAUUCUUCCCUUGGUUCAUCUUUCAUUUAUAUAGACCUGUUGUAGAGGGUCCUCAAUGACCUCCAUAAGUGCCCAUUUCCCCAUCCUCAUAACCCUCUUUUCUUUCCACCCUCAUAACCCUCUUUUUCUCUCCACCCUCCUAUUUUAUUCCCUCAGUGACAGUUUAAUAAGGUGGACUAGAAUCUUUUUCUCCCUCUAUGCUCUUCUUUCCAACCUAUCUGAUUUGUCUCUCUCUCUCUUGAGCCCUUUUUCUUUCUUGUGACACCUUAUUGUGGAUGCUUCCCUCCUCUCUAUUCCUCGCUAUGCCUCCCGUAGUGCACAGAAGUGCAUUCCGUGGAGCCAUUAGCUCCAGUGCUCAUCUUCCUCCUACUUUCGUUACCUAUAAGCCCCUGCUUGAGUCUCAUACGUUCGUCUUUUGCACUUAGACUCCAGUUCUCCUAUAACGAUCUCUUCUAUCGGAACUCCAGUCUGCCAGUCCCUCCAUGGUUCGAUGGUGGGAGGCUCAGUCAGCAUUCAUCAUGAGAUACAUCCCCAUUUUCCUCAUGGUGCCUUUCAGUAUUUACUGAAUAUUUAUAAUUGUAUUUGGGAGGUAUCAUCAGUCCUUAAAGAUUGGCUUGAUGUGAUUGUUCUUUCUAUUCAGAAACAUGGUACUUUAGGAACCUUUCCUAAGGAUUUUCGUCCCACUGCCCUGAAGAGUUGUGGCUGCAGCUUUUCAAACAUAUGGUCAAUGUCCAUCUUUUCUGGUUCUUAGAAGGCUAUCACUACCUUUCCCUCUCUUAAUUUGGCUUUGGCAAGAUUCACAGCAUGAAUGGCAUUUUAGUGGAUCUAGAGGUUUACAUUUGUUCCUUUGCCACAAAGGCCGCCAUGGUUCUCAUUCUUUUUAAUCUGGUGAAAGAUUAUGACACCACCUGAAGGUACAAUAUUUUUUCCAGAUCCAUUUUUUGGUCUUUGUGGAAAUCUCCAGUUCUUCCUUCAUAGCUUCCUCUCUCAUCGUUCUAUUAAAGUGAGACUUGGUGUCAUCUUCUCUGCCUCCUUCCCCAAUUCAAAGAUGUUCCACAGGGUAGUGUUCUGAGCACAACUAUUUUUCUUGUUGCCUUUAAUGGUCUUACCUCUCCCUCUGGUAUUUUCUUGGCCCUUUAUGUUGAUUUCUCUGCUGUUUGGUGAACAAUUCCUCUUUCCUCCAACACCUGCUCCAACUUGCAAUUGAUGCUGUGUCAUCCCGGGCCACCAAUCAUGGCUUUAAGUUCUCUAUGUCCGAGACUUGGGCUAUGACUUUUACUCAGAGGUAGGUUGUUCUUCAUCCUCCAUUGUUGCUCUGUGAUAGUCCCCUUCUCUUAAAAAAGUCUGCAAAACUUUUGGGAUUGAUCUUUCUCAUUCGUUUAUGUUGGUCACCCCAUAUCUCUUACCUUCAAGUCAAAUGCUCCAAGCCCUAACAUUACUUUAAGUCUAGUCCCAUACUUUCUGGGGUGCCGAUAAGAUUCACAUUCCUCUAUUUGCACUCAUUUCUUGUGGUGUUUAAACUGGAUUAUGGCUCCUAUGCCUCUCCAUUGACCCUUCGUCAUCUUGAUGCUUUGCACCAUGCUGGGUUGUGGCUCGGCUCUAGUGCCUUGUGCUCGUCCCCUACUCAGAUCUUGUAUAUUGAAAUUGGCAUCUUGUUGCUACAGGCUUCCCUGAAUCGUUACUGCUUUUGCUACCUUGCAGGGUCUCUGCAACAUCCUGUGUAGGCCCUGUUUUCUUUCACCACCUUCAAUUUUCUAUAAGGAUGUUUCACAAGCCUCCCUUUAGUUUGUUUUUUAUUUGCAAUAUGUCUCCUUGUGUUAUUCCAUCCUUGCCCCUAUGGAGGAUCUCACUUGCAAAGUUUUGCAAGUCUUUAUCACUAGAAUCAAAAAGACUUCUACCCCUCCUAUUGUUAUGAAAUGCCUUUUCCUUGAACAUUUUUCUUCACACUCAAAUUCUGUUGCCCUAUUCACAGAUGGGUCUAAGUCUGCUAAUAGUGUUGACUACUCUGUAGGUUUUUGGACUAAAGCUUUGUGCUGCUAAUCUCUGAAGCCUACCAUUUUACUGCUGAACUGUGUGCAAUUUUGUGUGCUCUUUGUCAACUGCUUUUUCGGCGUCAAUGUUCCUUUGUCAUCGUGGUUAAUUCUUGCAAUGCUGUCAUGGCUCUGGAGUCAGUUAAUCCUGUGGUAUUCAAAAUCCAAUAUUGGCCAAUUUUAAUCUCUAGCAGAUUGAAAUCAGCUGGUUUCCCGGUCAUAUUGAUAUUAAAUGGGCGUGCAUACACUACUGCUAAGGAGGCUAUCUCCACUUGUCCCAUUUCCCAAAAAGGCAUUCCUUAUUCAGAUUUCUACCCAGUCAUACCUCAAUACGAAACUGUUGGCAGGGUUGUUGGUCUUGUGUUACAGGUAACAAACUGCAUGCUCUUAAGAGUAGCCUUUGCCUUUGGCCAUUCCCUUACCAUUGUAAUUGGCAGUGGGAAACGUACCUGGUUAGGUUACACAUUGGCCAUACACACUUGACUCAGACAGUUAAUGGAAUUCUGUCCUGGUCCUUAUUGUCCAAACUACAUUUUCCCUAUACUGUCAUACACAUCUUGUAGAAUGUCCCGAUUUUCAGGACAUUCAUGUGUCAUGCUUCCCAACUGUCUCUUGAGGUGAUUUGUCCCUCGAUAAAAUCCUUAGUGAACACUACCGUUGAUAUUACUCGUCUUGCGUGCUUUUAUUCUCGUAUUGACCUCUUCUGUAAUAUUUAGCACCUUUUGAAUAUUCAGCAACACAUGUACUAUAGUCUCCCCAUCUUUGUACCUUUUUGAUAAUUAGUUAAGUAUGGAAUACCCCCAGCCUGCAAACCCAAUCUGGAUCCAUUUUUCCUUAUAAAUACGGUAUGGAUAUCUUUCUUGCAAUGAUUAUGCUUAAGGGACUUGCACAAAUUCUUGGGGAAAGCUAUUUUGUGUGGCUUAAUAUUCCUACACAGUAGGAUGAGUAUAAUAAUGAACAAAAUAUCACCACAGGACAGGCUGGAUUCAAAACAGUAUGGGUCGCAAGUCUCACAUGCCAGUGUCAAGAAUGUUCGGACAAGUGAGUUUUUCCAAACAAUAGAGUAACUGCAGUAGUACAGCAAUGUAGAUGUAUAGAUACAGUGUGUGUAUUUACUAUUUGUGUGUGCAGAAUCAGGCUAUCAGCUCUUGGACCCUACCUUUCUAACCAAUCUGUUUUUUCCUCUUAUGUCUAUUACAUAUAUUUCUCUCUAAUACAUACACACGCAUUCCCAGGAAGCAGCCCACAGAAGUUUUUUAACUUAUAGGUACCUAUUUACUGCCAGGUGAACAGGUGCAUCAGUUGAAAGAAAUUGCCCAUUUGUUUCUGCCUUGGCCAGGAAUCGAACCCGAGAGGGUGUGUGUGUGUGUUAAGAAUACAGUAUUUUUAUAAUUAUAUGGAAAUAGUACAUCAUGUAUUAAUGUUUAUCUAGUAUGUUCUAUAAUUAAAGUGUUGUAACGUACGAUUAUGUUACACUGUUGGGUAUAUUAGAUACACAGUGUUUAGUGGGUUUUCGUAUUUAUUUAGUGGUCUUGGUUACAGCAGUCGAUUGUUGGCAGUAUUGUAGACGUUGAAACAGAACUUGGAGCAGAGUAGAGAGCUGAGUGAGGCCGGAGUCGCAGAGCUCGAUGCGGGAGAGCGCGGCGGCUUGAUGUGGGAUGAUGAGUGUCGAAACUCAAUGAGAUGGUGAGUGUCUAAACUCAAUGAGGCCGAGAGCAUGGGAGCUCCAUGUGGUCGUAGUCUGCUGUCUGCUUUGUGCCGAAGCUGAAGCAUCUUGGGGUCGGUUGGAACUGUACACGCCGAGUGCUACAUUCUUGAGGUUGAAGAGGUGUGGUAACUCCCAAGCAUUUGUACUGAAGUUAACUGAAUCACUGUGGAAAUUAUAUUGAUGAUUAAUCGCUUCUCGAUUGCUUAUAUGAUUGGACUACACCUCACCUCAUCAUCCUCCAAUAGGUUGGAAGGAAUGUUAACUGUAAUUAGGGAAGAGAUAUUAAUGCUAAUGAGAGAGUGGAGCAGGUAUAUUGUUUACAUAAUAUACUCGCUACAGUGUAUUAAUAUAAAAUUUGGAGACACAUAACUACCUAUCUUUAUAAUGUACUAAUACAGUAAUUAAAUGAAUAUACAUUUCGGAGACUUAAUGAUAAGAACGAAAUUCACUCGGUCUCUUCCUCUCCUUAUCUAUAUAUUUCACUACAGUAUUUUAUUUUUGUUUUUCCAUCUACCUAUCUCUUCCCCCCUCCCUCUCUCCCUGUAAACCCCCAUCGCCCAGCCACUUGGCCUGUACGGUCUUGCUUCAUGCAGGCACCAUUCUUUUUCUCUGUCCCAUCCCUAAUCCUUAUCCUGAUUCCAUCCAAGUGCUAUAAUAUAUACUGUAGUUGUAAUGGCUUGGUGCUUUUUUCUGAUAGUUCCUUUCCUCCCUCCCUCCCUCUUUUUCGCGUCCCCUCCCUCCCUCUUUUUCCGUCCCCUCCCUCCCUAUUCCUCUCUUUCCUUGCCUCUCCCAGUCCCUUUCCCCUCUCUCUCUCUCUCUCUCUCCUGUUACCUUUUUACUCCCCUCAUUUCCUUACUGCUUCCUCCCCCACCCCCCCUUACAGAAGAAAUGCACAUGAAGACAAUUUAACAAUUGCCUAGAGAAAAUACACGUUAAACAGAUAGUGUGUUGUCUCAUGAAAAUAAGGUUUGGUUAACUCCUUGAAUUAAGGAAAUGAAUUCUCAGAUACUGUAUAAUGUGUAACAUUAAUUGGGAGCAAAGAAUCGCUAAAAUUUUGACGAGUAUAUAGAAAUGAGAAGAAUACACAAUUGUGCAAUGGUAAUAAUUACUUUGUUUCAUUAAUAUAUGCAUAGCCAUUUUUUAUUAUAUAUAUUAUAUAGUAGCUAUAAAUGUUUAUAAUAAUUGUAUGUAGUGUUGGUGCUGGUUAUCUGUGAUGCUGUGUUAUGACAUUUCACAGUGGGAUGGAUGUAAUAUUUUAAUGUAUUUAGCAUUCUUUACCUUUAUUGCGCCCCUAGUUUCAGUGUAUAUUGGCAGUAAAGCUUUGACUUGUAUCUUUUAAGAUUAUGACAAAAAUGCUGAGGCUACCUUACAUGUUUUAUCUUUGGAAUUCAUAUUUUGUCUUUCAAUAAAAAAUUAUAAAAAAAUCUACUAAUGUACAGUUAAGUGUAAAUAUAAUGGCUGCCACUUCAGUUGUGGGUUUUGAGCUUAUACUAUAAUAUAAAAAAAUUAUUAACAUAUAUUUUCUUUUAGCAAAAUGUGUAAAACCAUUCUUGUUUAUAUUGUAUUGAUGCAGCAUAUGCAAAUGUUGAAGAUAAGUGGCUAGCUACCACUAAUAAUAAAGUACCUGACAUCAAAA